AUGGCAAAGGCUGAUAAAAAAGAUUCGAUUGAAAAAACUAUUGAUGAAACGAUUGAUGAAAAGAUGUUAUCUUCUAUAACAAGUACCUGCAAGACUCUAACUCAGGCGCCAUCCACCGUUACAACAUCAUUGGGCCAUUUGUUACUUAUUUCGGCAAGACAGGAUUUCAGUUUAAAGGAAUGUUGCCCAAAUGCAAAGUUCCAAUAUAUCAAGUUUCCAGAUUCCUUCCGCGCAUGUCUAGUUCAGAUUUCCAAUGGCGUCUGCGAUGCGUUUUAUGCAGCACACAGGAGCAUGAAUCGUAUUUCAGUGAAAUCUGAACACAUUGCGACUUACGCGAAAGCAGCAUUGGAAUUAAUGGAGAAAGGCACUGAUCCGGAAUGGAGAAUCGCCCUGCAUCGUCUUCAGAACGCUAAAGAGAGUUGCCAGGAAUGCGUGGAAGCAGCCGCAUCCAUAGCGGAAGAAUUUGAAAAAGUCGGUAAAGUGACAAACGAGCUUCAAGAAGCCCUCAUUGGAACGGAAGGAGAAACCAAGUUUGAAGAAAAGUCAACAAGAAAUAAAAUUGAAGAAGCUCGUAAAAAGAUGGAACGGAUAACUGAGAGUGAAAAAAAUCUGGACGAAAAGUGGAAUGAGGCGAAAAAAGAAUACGCAGCCGUAGCUUCUCUAUCGCCUUGGAAAAUUAUGCUUUGUGAAUUCAUUGAUAGUGUGUCACAUCUCCCAAUAAAUUUAACAAUAGAGUCAUUGAAGGAAGCCGUGGGACCACAGAUGCAGAUGUCAACGCCCAAUUUGGAACUGGGAAGACAUGGAGGACCUUUUACAGAAGCACUUAAGGGCGAGUAUGAAGAAAGAAAGAGAGAAAAGAAAGUAAAGUAUGACGAGUGCACCACAAAUCGCAAUGAAGCUAAAGAAACGCUUAAAGAGUCAAAGGAAAAUGCCUCUAAAGACCUUGAGAAAUUUAACCAAAGGAUCAACGACAUAAAUAAUAUUAAAGAAGUUCUGCAACAUAGUAUGGAGAAAUUUUAUUGGGUUAAAACAUUUUGGAGGGAAUUGAAUACUAUGUUCGAAACCUUUCAUGACUUAAUAAAAGAACGUAUUGAAAAAAAUGUGAGCAAUGCCUUAGAGUGUGGUGAAGUGAUGAACGAAGAACUUCGUGAUGGCCAGGAAAUGCCAAAGAUUACGGGCAAGCAGAUCAUUGCGGAUUCCAAAAACGCCAGGAAGGUUGCUUGUAUCGUAAAAUGGAUCUCAAGAUUCUACGUUGAAGUCUCAAAUAAGUAUUUACUGGUUGGAGUGGACGGUUUGCACAGUAUCAGUCUUUUGGAAUCAACUGACGACCAUGCAAGGAUGGAGGAAUUAUGGAGAAAAUUGGAGGAAGAUGCAAAGGAAGCUGAGAGGGAAAUUCCAAAACUUGCUGAAGAAAGAAAAGAAGAUCUGAGAAAUUAGACAUCUCAACAUCAUUUGUAAGCACAGUUCAGAUAACACGUGAUAAUUUAAAAAAAGUUUGAAAGAGCGCACAGAAUUCACAAAUAAAAUAGCUACAUUUAAUAAUUUUUAUAACAACGUUUGCAUGGAAAUUUUAUAAUGUUCACUCGAUUUUUCCUAUAAUUAAAUAUGCAUCCAAUAAUCGAAGAUGCACUGAGGCACAGUGACUUUAUGAAUGUUGUUUAAUCAAAGAUUGCUUUGCAUUACUUUAUUCCAAGGACAUUUAACUAGAUCUUAAAUAAACAAUCUUUAUAUUUGCGUGGAACCGUUUGGUAAUUUUCA